AUGAGCGAAGUAGUAGAACUUAUAGCAAGCCGACGUACAAAAUAUGGUACAGGCGCUGCAAGAGCUUUACGUAAUGAGGGUCAAAUUCCAGCUAUUAUAUACGGAGCUGGUAAUAGUCCAUUAGCAAUCUCUAUAGAAGAAAAAGGGAUAACAAAACAUUAUAGAAAACCAUGUUUUAUAUCUACGAUUGUUCAUCUCAAGGUUGAUAAUGAGAAAUAUGUUCUAUUGCCAAAAGCAGUAGACUUACACCCUAUUAAAGAUACAGUACAUCAUGUUGAUUUUGUAUACUUAAAUAAAGAAAUACAAAAAAUGGAAGUUCCUAUAAUAUUUGAAGGAAAAGAAAGAUCUUUAGGGGUUAAAAGAGGUGGGUUUUUCAAUAUAAUCAAAAGAACCGUUAAAUUAUCAUGUGAUGUGAAUAAUAUACCUAAAAAUAUUGUUGUUAACGUAACUAACAUGUAUAUUGGCCACUCUAUAAAAGCCUCUAGUAUAACUCUUCCUACAGGAUGUGAAUUUGUUAACAAAGAUGAUUUUAUUAUUGCAACAAUAAUUGGCCGUAGAGGGUCUAAAGCAGAAGAGGAAAAUACAGAAACCUCUUGCAUAACCUAA